UAUUGCCAAUGUAAAUUAAGAUGGCGGCGAUCAACAAAACUUGAAAUAUUUUAAUGUGUGUUUAUGCUUUAUCAGUAUGUCAUGAGAAAACGAUAAAAGCAGAAGUGUCAACAACCCAUUUAGGAUAUUUUGUUGAAAUUGUCCGAUUGUUUUAAAAUAAUUAUAAAGGAAGCUAGAACAGAAUUAUGUCUCGUGGGGAAUCACAGGCAAGUUUUGCCAGCCAGUCACAGUACUCAGAGUCCACAGUUCUCAAUCAGGACCUUGGGGAGCCGGACCUAUUUGUACCUGAAGAUUCAGCCUUCAUAGCUCCUUAUCCAACAAAGUUAGAAGAGGAUCUUAUUGAAAGUAUAAAAUCAGCCAAUUCACCGGCAGUGAAUUUUGCUGGCACACAGCAGCCUGUUGAGAGAUCUAAAACAGUAGAACAGAUGAGGGUCAAGCUAGGUAAAGGUGACCCAAAGAGUAAGGCAGAAAUGUUGAUGUCCAGAUUGGUGGAUAGACCUGCAAACUCUCAGGUUUUGAGAAUGGUAAAUCCAUUGAUGCGUAAAACACCACCUAUUGGCAGAACUGGAGCAGAAAAUGCUAGUUCAGCUAAUUUACCCCCUAUUGAAAAGCCACAGUCACCAAAUAGUCUUGUCCCUCGACCACCCUCUGGUAGAGAACAGAGCAUUCCUGGAAACAGUUUCCGUACAACCAUGUUUAAACGAGACUAUCAAAGGCGGCAAAAUAUCAUCAAGGCCAAACAGAAUAAAGAUAUUGAUGAUACUCCAAAAUUAUCUGUAGGAAUGUUACACAAACCAAAGCCUGUAGAGCCACCAAGGUCAGAGAUCUCCGAGUCAGAGCAGUCCGAUGACAGAGAUGAUGUAUUUGCCGAGCUGGAAGAGUUGAUGGGUCCUGACGCUGAUACAGUCAUACAAACUGAUUUUGAGCCUACAGAAAGAACCCCCACUGCAGAAGAAUCAGUUUCAGAAGAAAAAAUGGUGACGUUCAGUAAACCUCCACCCAUAUCCCCGUCCACAGACUUACCCCCAAUUUCACAGGCUGACACUCGUCAAACUACCAAGAUGACCGAGGAUGAUAUAAUGAGGGUAACUGGUGAGAUACCAAUUAUAGAACGGAGGGACAGACCUCCAUCUGGUCAAAGGUCAAGGCCAACUUCUGGAUCAAUGCAUGGGUCAAGGCCAGGUUCAGCCAGCAAACAAUCAAUGCCAAAGUCUGGCAUGAAGAAAGACUUGUCAAAGAUUCUUACACAUCUGAAAAAGAAUAUGUAUGAUGACACAGCCCCAGAAAAUGAUGAUGUAAUGUAUCAUAUACAUAAACUGAGAGAAAAACUUGGCUGGAAGACAGAGAUACCUAGACAUGCACCAGGCUGUAAAGAAGCCAUGGAAAAACUGAAAAAUAUUCCAGAUAAUGAAAAGGAAGCCAGUAAAAUGAAGCAAGAUGAUGGUGAUUUUGUAUAUUGUCUGCCUCGAAACAGGGUCAAUAAAAGAAGCAGGUAUGACCCAUAUGAUCUACAAGUUGUUUCACCAAAUGAGUCUAGGUCUGAGAAGGUCUAUUGGACAGUCAGUGCUUCAUUUGUAACAAGGGUGGUACAAGACAGUACAGAUGUAGAGGGUGAGUCAUUCAAUAUACCGGUGUUGUGGUGGCUGUGGGAGAGAAGAUAUUUCUACAAUAUAAAGGACAUACCUGUGUUUGUCAAGUUUAGAAAAUGGAAAACAUUCAAAAUGUGGAGAAAAGCUAUUAGGUUACAGAAGAGUGGUAAAAGCCAAAAUAAGCUUUACAAGCAGCUAUUUGUUGCAAAUGAAGUCCUGCAGGGAUGUCUCAUUCACAUCAGGAGUUUAUGUGAGGCUGCCUCUGGUAGUUUGACUGGUAUUGGUAAAGGUGACAGUGCCAUCAGUCUCAUUAAGUUGGAAAAGUCCAUGACCAUGACAUUGGAAGAUUUCAAAGCUGUGCAGCAGACGCAAAAUGAUGAAGCAUGGAAAAUGUUGAAUACACUGAGAAAUAAGAUUAUAGAUAUCGCAUGGGAGUCUUGUGCUACUGUAGCAGAAAUGGAAGGCAUUACACAUGGGAUCCGACCUGGCAGUCCUAGAAAAGUGAAAAUCAAAAUUCCUGAUGAAGAGCCUAAAGAACUCAAUAGCAAGGCUCUACGUAUACAGGCUAAAUAUGGGGUCACUCCUCUGGCUGAUAAGAAAAAGGAUGAACCAAAAAGUGACAAACCAACAUAUGCACAGAUAGCAGAUUGGCGUAAGAUACUGAAUCGUCUAGCAUCAUUCUUGCGUUCUAUAGAUUACCUGGUACUGGAGAUGUUACGUCGUCUAGUUAUCACAGCAACACGCCACCUACUGGAUCAUCUUGUUUCCUCAUACAAUGUUACGGAGGAGGAAGAAGAAAAGAGAAAAGCAGUAUCAGAUACGAGGAAGCUGUAUGCACGUGUAGCGGCCAAACUUGCUAAUGAUGACCUGGAAUCUUUGACAGGGUCAGAGAGUUCUAUAACAACAGGAACCACUAUCAGAUCAAGGCCAUUAUCACGUGCUAGUUCCACGAUGUCCAAGGUUCCGCCACCAACACAAGAUGUGACGGCAUCCGGAUAUGUUAUCCCCCAUUUUGACUUUGAUCAAACAGAAUUGUACGAGGGACCACCUGAUGUUGAUGAGGUGCUGGAGGAGAUCAAGCAGCAGGAUGUUGUAGAGGAGUUCUCUGCCCCUGUAUUAAGUAUACAGUUAGUAUUGAGUGUACCACAUCAUGCCAGGGAUCAUGAGACUUCAGAUACUGAUAUAGUUAAAACAGCCUCAUCACAGUCCUCAUACCUCAAACAAGCAUUCCUCGAGGGCUCCGGUAACAAGAAAACUGUCAAGUUUCAACAAACUUCAGAUUCAGAAUCGGAGAAUGAUUAUAGUGGAGAUUCAAGUGGAGAAGGAGAAACUGGGUCUGAAACGGAGGAGGAGAAAACAAGUGGAGAUGAACUUGCUUAUCCAGAUGAUAAAAGGAAAAUUCAUGGCAAGACAUUUGUGAGUUUGUCACCAAAUGAGCAUGAAGUGAAGAUGGGUAUUAAACAAAUCAUUGCAAUGUUUGAAGGAACUAUAGCAAAAUUCAUAUCAAUGACAAGAGAGCCUCGGCUAUUGGUGUUUUGCCGACCUCCUGUAUUUGACCUUAAGUUGAACUUUGAUGAAGAGGAAGAAGAAGAGAGAAUGGAGAUGAUACGACCUUGGCCUGACCUUGAGUAUAUAUUCGGAGGUGACCCUGAGUAUCAGUCCCUUCUUGGAGAACUCAACACAUACGUUUCCAUGGAGAUGGAACUUGUGAAACAGUAUUCUGCUAAUUUUGAGAAUUUCUGUUUUAUGGUGGACAAGUGUUUGCGAUUGAAUAUUGAAGAGUCUAUGCAACGUAGACAAUGGUCAACAGAUGAAUUCAGUACAGUUCUUGCUGCUCAUACAGACAUGAUACGUCAGAUGAAGAGGAUGACAAUACUGCGUCGUGUUGCCAUGGUGCACGUUUACAGCAAAAAUUAUCGUGAAACAUGUCUGCCAUAUCCAGAUAAUAUUGUCAGUAAAGUCAGCAAAGCUCUACCUAUUAUAGCUAUUAGAAGAAAUGAAGACUUGCUUACUAUUAUCAAGGGAGCAUCCAAGAAAUUGGAUCACUAUCCAAAGUCUGUUGAAGAAUUUGUUGAGCAUUUGUCUUUCCUUGGCAAAAUGUCAUCAGAGUUACCUGCCCUGGAACGAGAGUUUGAGAUUGUAAACAAAUUGUUCACCAUUGCCAAGGAUUAUAAUGUUCAAGUUACAGAUGAAGAAUUGGCUCUGUAUCAGACUCUUGGACCUGAUUUCAUCACACUAAAGAACAUAAUUCUGUUCUGUGAUGCAAAGAAGGAUGAAAAUAUCAGAAAGUUUAGUCAGGACCUGGACACCCUGAUAUACCAGAUACGUAACAAACUUAUGGACCUGAUGAACCAGGUUCGAGACCCAGACCUGCUACACAUUGACACCAACGCCAUGGGAGCUCUCGAGACUCUGAAGUUCCUACAAGAAGAGACGCAGAUAUUAUCUGUAAAGGCCAGGAGUUAUGCCAGCUACCAGGAAAGAUUUGGUAGUUCCUUGUCACACUCCAAGAGAGGUCUUAUUGGAGAGGAGUACAUGUAUAUGAACAUGUCAAAACGAGAUGAUCACAGUGCCGCAGAGAUCCAGGCCGACCUCUCUGAGGUGGAGCGUGAUCUCACACUACGCCGUCUGCUGUGGCAGUCACAGGAAGAAUGGACUAAACUUGUAGAUGAAUGGACUGCAACAUCUUUUGAUGCUUUACCUGUAGAAACAUUACAGAAAAAUGUGAACAGAUACUCACAGACUGUCUUUAUGCUGGAGAAAGGUUUACCCCACAAUGAGGUUGUACCCCGGCUGAAGGAGAAAGUGAUGGACUUUAAACAGGGUAUGCCUGUAAUCACUAGUCUUAGGAAUCAGUUCUUGAGACCUCGUCAUUGGCAGCAGAUAGAAAGACUUAUUGGUAAAUCUAUUGGCAAGGACAAAUCAUUUACCCUAGGCAGUCUAUUGGAAAUGAACAUAUUCAAACACAAAGAGAAGAUUCAGGAUAUAUCUACCACUGCCAGUAAUGAGGCUACUCUAGAAAAUAUGCUGCAGAAGAUUGUGGAUUUAUGGAAGAACACAGAUUUCCGAUAUGUUGCCCAUCCUGGUCGAGACACUUUCAUUAUUGCUGGAGCAGAUGACAUAAUGACCCAGUUAGAAGACAGUCAGGUUACCAUAGGAACCAUCAGAGGUUCCAGAUAUGUUGGACCUAUCAAGCCACAAGUUGAAGAAUGGGAGAGAAAGUUGAAUAUAUUUGCAAAGACAUUAGAGGAAUGGAUGGCCUGUCAGAGAAACUGGCUGUAUCUAGAACAGAUAUUCUCUACACCAGAUAUACAAAAACAAUUGAAACCUGAGUACACAAUGUUUUCACAAGUAGACAAGUCAUGGAAGGAUAUAAUGAGACAAGUUCAAGAUCGACCAAAUGCGAUGAAGUGUGCUACACAGACAGGCAUGCUAGAAACAUUACAAGCUUGUAAUACCUCCCUAGAGAAAAUACAGAAAUGUCUUGAGGAGUACCUAGAUUCGAAGAGAUUGUCAUUCCCAAGAUUUUACUUCCUCAGUAAUGAUGAGUUACUGGAAAUAUUGGGCCAGUCAAAGGAACCAAAUGCUGUACAGCCGCAUCUAGGUAAAUGUUUUGGGAACAUCAAAUCUCUGGAGAUCAAGACGUUACCACGUAACCCACCUGCCGUACAUUCUAUGAUGUCAGCUGAAGGCGAGGUUGUCAACAUGACAAGGAGUGUAAGAGCUAAGGGAGCUGUUGAAAUGUGGCUGAGUAAUGUAGAAGCUCACAUGUUUGAAACUGUUAAAAGGCAUUUGAAGCUAGGUUUGGCAGAUUGGUUAGGUAUCAAGUUACAGGAAUGGGUACUGAAACAUCCAGGACAGGUUGUUCUCACAGUGGCUCAGAUUAUGUUCAACAAAGAUGUAGUAAGAUGUUUUGAUCAGAGUGACCCGAAGGUGGCGCUGAUUGAUGUAUUGAACAAGAUGGUAGAUUCCCUGGGUAAUCUGGCAGGUCUGGUAUCCACCUCUCUACAACCAUACCAGACAAUGUGUAUAGAGGCACUUCUCACUAUUGAUGUACAUAACAGAGAUAUACUCUCUAAUAUGAUCAAUGCUGGUGUUAUCACCAGAGAUGAUUUUGAGUGGACAAAGCAGUUACGGUAUGAGUGGGAUGAGACCACAAACAACUGUCAGGUAUAUCAGAGUAAUGCAUCUUUCCUGUAUGGGUACGAGUAUCUGGGAUGUUCAUCUCGUCUGGUAAUUACCCCAUUAACUGACAGGUGCUACCUUACACUGACUGGUGCCCUUCAUCUACAUCUAGGUGGUUCCCCUGCAGGACCUGCAGGAACCGGUAAAACUGAAACUGUCAAAGAUCUCGCAAAGGCAAUGGGUAAACAGUGUGUUGUAUUUAAUUGUUCAGAAGGACUUGACUAUAAGAUGCUGGGCAAGUUUUUCUCUGGUCUCUCUCAGUCUGGUAGUUGGUGUUGUUUUGAUGAGUUUAACCGUAUUGACUUGGAGGUAUUGUCAGUCGUAGCUCAGCAAAUUCUUACCAUAAAAACAGCUAAAGAUGCCGGAGCUCUGAGAUUUGUGUUUGAAGGAAAAGAGAUUAAACUGAAUCAUACCUGUGGAUAUUUUAUAACUAUGAAUCCAACAUAUGCUGGUCGUGUAGAACUACCAGACAACUUGAAGUCAUUGUUCCGUCCCGUAGCUAUGAUGGUACCCGACUACUCACAGAUUGCUGAAAUCAUGUUGUUCUCUGAGGGGUUCCGUGAUGCUAAAUCUCUCUCCGGGAAGAUUGUUAAUCUGUAUCAGUUAGCAAGUAGACAAUUAUCUCAACAAGAUCAUUAUGACUUUGGUAUGAGAGCUAUAAAGUCUGUCCUCGUCAUGGCAGGGCAUGGUCGACUACAGGCACAACAAAAGGCUGAUUUGUCAUCUGUCCGACUAUCUGAGAAAGAUGAAGCUUAUAUCCUCAUUCAUUCAUUGCGAGAUGCCAACCUCCCUAAAUUCCUGGCCGAGGAUGUUCCAUUGUUUGAGAGUAUUUUAGAUGAUUUGUUCCCUGGUAUAACACCCCCAGAACCAGAUCAUGGCAUACUUGAGAAAGCCAUUUCAAUGUCAACAAGAGACCAAGGAUUACAGGUAUGGCCCCACCAGAUUGAUAAAGUGAAGCAGUUGUAUAACCAGAUACUGGUGCGUCAUGGAGUAAUGUUGGUGGGACCGACUGGUGGAGGGAAGACUACUGUAAGGUCUAUACUACAGAAAGCCUUGGUUCUUCUUCCAACAAUACAACCCCAGGAAGAUAAGGAAGAUGGGAAAAAGGGCGUGUCUUAUGUGCACAAUAGAGCCAAGAAGGGUCAUUGUGAUGUGUUUACUGUAAACCCAAAAUGUGUAAAGCUGGGAGAACUUUAUGGUGAAACAGAUCCUAACACAUAUGACUGGACAGAUGGAUUGAUCGCAAUGUGUGUGAGAAAAUUUACCAAAGAACUUACUAAAAUGGACCUUCCAGGAGUUGAUGGCCGUCCAAGUACCAGUGCCUCUUCUGUACCAGAUACAUCUAGGCCCAACACUGGUAUGACAAAUGAAGUAGCUAUAGAUAAUGAUGGUAACCUGGAGAAGGAAUAUAGUGGUGGUGUACUCACUGACUGGCGUUGGCUCGUACUUGAUGGUCCCGUAGACACGUUGUGGGUGGAAAAUCUGAACACUGUACUAGACGACUCUAAGGUUCUGUGUCUGGCCAGCGGAGAGAGAAUCAGUCUGGCGCCCGGCAUGAGACUUAUAUUUGAGGUGGACAAUCUGUCACAGGCUAGCCCGGCAACCAUCAGUAGAUGUGCCAUGGUGUAUAUGGAUCCGGUGGAUCUAGGAUGGAGACCUUUUGUGAAGACAUGGCUGCAGAGACUACCUCGUGAAAUGCCAGAUAGUGGAAAGCGCCAUCUGCAGGCUUUAUUUGACUACAGUAUAGACAAGGGACUUAAGUUCUUUCAGAAACAUCACAAGUACCAAUGUGUUCCGGCCCCUGAUAUGAAUCUGGUCUCCUGUUUAUGUCAUAUACUGUCUGCAUUCAUUGACUUUAUGAGUAAACAUGGAGGAUUUGGAAAUGCAGACAAAGGGGCGUAUCUACUGCGGAGACAUAGGAGAAGAGAUAAAGAAGAGGGUCAUACGGACGCAGCUGGGGAUAGAUCCGAGAGCAGAACUUCAAGCAGAAGCUCUGGUAGAACUUCAAGGUCAAAAGGUCGUAGAAGAAACAUGAAAAGACCACAAAAGAUCAAGGAGGAGAUGGGGACAAUACAAGAAUCUCUACCAGCUAAAACUUCAAGUGUACAUGAGAGAAUAACACCAAGUCCCCGUUUAGUGCAUGUUGCUAAAUAUGCCAUGAAAUGGAAAUCAGCGGAUGUUUCAGCACUACAUCAAAUACAAACAUUUGAUGAUUAUAUGGACUCAGUCAUUUCUGACAUUGGCUCAAAAUUUUAUAAAAUUUGGUCUAGUAAUGUUGGUAUGAAGCAAUACUAUCUACAUAAGAAUCCGAACAAUUUGCUGAACCUUCUAGGCAAGUUAUACGUGUUUGCAUACACAUGGAGUGUUGGCGGAAACUUUCGACGUCAAGAAGACAUGGAUGAGGAUGACAUGGGGUCACGUAGAGGUCAAGAAAAGGCUGAAAAAGAACUGAACAUAUGUAAUGAGUUUGACAACUUUAUGAGAGAGAUGUUUGAAGUUGAACCACCUCUUGGUGUAAGAUUACCUACAGGUAACAGAACAAUCUACAGCUAUUUUGUAGACAUGGAAUCAGGUGGUUUUGUACCUUGGGAUGCUCUUGUACCAUCUACUAAAUCUCUUAUUGAGAAAGGAGCAAUUAUAACCAUUGGUGAGACUAUGGGUGUAUCAUCAAUGGAUCAGAAGAAGACAGGAGGUGAUGAGAGUGAUAUAGUACCUACUGUUGAUGUGAUACGUUUCUCCUUCCUUACUAGUCUACUUAUACUUCAUAAACAUCCAGUUCUCAUAACAGGUGAAUCUGGAGUGGGCAAGUCAGCAGUUAUCAACUAUGCCCUAAAGAGAUUGAGUAAAGAUGGCGGUACAUCAUUAAAAUCAGGCACCAUUCUCGGUAGCAUUCUAAACUACUCGGACAAGGGUGCCUCCCUGCUGGAGAACAUCAGUAAUCUCACAAAGUGGGGCCAGGAAGAUGACGAUGAUAAGGUUGGUAUGGAUAUACUGCUGGGCGCGAAACCCAAGACGUCAACAGGUAUAAUGAGCUCGAUGAUUCAGUUCUCAGCACAGACCACAUCGGCCAGGCUACAGGCUCAGAUUAAACAUAACCUCAUACAAAAGGGUAGAAACACACUAGGUGCUCCAAAAGGUAGAAAGGUUGUAAUGUUUGUUGAUGACUUGAACAUGCCUGCCCCUGAAGCAUAUGGUGCUCAACCCCCUCUAGAACUUCUUAGACAGUUCCUGGAACUUAAUGGCUUCUAUCAUACAGAGAAAAACUCUUGGAAGGAAAUCAUGGAUGUUACGGUGGUAGCAGCAUGUGGUCCCCCAGGAGGUGGCCGGAACCCAGUCAGUCCAAGACUUCUCAAAAACUUCUGUAUGUUUGCAUUCCCACAACCUUCAACUAGAUCACUGCAGCAUAUUUAUCAGGUCCAGCUUGGACGAUUUCUACAGGACGGAGAUUUUGCACAGGAAGUUACGGAGUGUUUAUCUCCCCUUGUUAAUGUGUCAAUCUCCCUGUACUACUGCAUGUGUCGUAACAUGUUACCUACACCAGCAAAAUCUCACUACACUUUCAAUGUUAGAGAUCUCAGUAAGGUAAUACAAGGAAUGUUGCAAGCACAUAAUACCGUAGUGGUCAGUAAAGACAACUGUGCCCAGCUGUUUGCCCAUGAGGCUACAAGGGUGUUCCAUGACAGGCUUGUAUGUGCUGAAGAUAGAAAUUUAUUCUACCAGUUCUUAGCUGACAAUCUUCAUGACUAUUUUAAGGUGAAAUGGACACCGGAACAGUUGAUACAGGAACAUGUUAUAUUCGGAGAUUUCUUUGAUAUAGAUGAUCAAGCACAUGCUCGUAUUUAUCGUCCAAUCACAGAUCAGAACAAGAUACGACAAACCCUAGAGGAGUUCUACAUGAGAAUGAACUUUGGAAACACCAAGAGUGUAGAAUUUGAGAAUGAGCAAGGGUACGAUAUGGAGAGAACAUCGGCUUCACAGAUGGUGUUUUUCCGCGAUGCUGUUGACCAUAUUUGUAGAGCUGCUAGAAUCUUCUGUCAACCCGGUGGACACAUGCUAUUGGUUGGUUUAGAUGGCUGUGGCAAGUCUACCAUAGCACACCUGGCUAGUUUUAUAGCUGGGUGCGAGCUUUUCAAACUAACGUUACAGAGAGGAUAUGGUAUGGUAGAGUUUAGGGAUGACCUCAAGAAAGUUUUCCUCGAGACUGGUGUGAAGGGAGAGAAAAUGAUCUUCCUUCUCACUGAUGCUGAUAUUGUCAAGGAGAGUUUUCUGGAAGAUAUCAACUGUAUAUUAAACUCUGGUGAGGUGCCGGACUUGUUUGACAAUGAGGAGGUGGAUGGUAUAACGAUGGACCUGAAACAAUCAGCCACACAGGCUGAUAUACCAGAUACGAGACAGGCCGUGUAUAACUACUUUAUACAACGUGUCAGGCAAAACCUACAUGUUGUCCUAGCACUUAGUCCCGCUGGUGGUCGGUUCCGUCAGAGAUGUAGAAUGAACCCUGCAUUAAUCAACUGUUGUACAAUAGACUGGUAUGAUGAAUGGGACGAGGAAGCUAUGUUAAGUGUGGCCCAAGUCUUCUUUGAGAAUGCCGAGUUUAUAGCUGACAAAGAUACAGAUAUUCUGGAGCUGAAGAGUAAAGUAGGAGCGAUGUGUGUGGACAUUCACAAGAGUAUAAAUGUAAUGGCAGUGAAAUAUUGGGACGAGAUGAGACGUCAUUAUUACUCUACCCCCAGUAGCUACAUGGAACUUAUACGAUUAUAUUCCAAGUUAUUGCGAGAAAAUAAAACAGAGUUCAUGAAUAACAAGAAUCGACUGUUAGUUGGUUUGUUUAAACUGUCAGAAGCCAACUCACUGGUUGGUACCAUGCAAGAUGAGCUGGUGCAGAUAGGCCCUCAGUUGGUACAGAAACAAAAGGAUACAGAGGUAUUACUAGAACAGCUAGAAAGAGACAGAGAGGCUGUAAAUGAAGUAAGAGCUAUUGUAGAACAUGAAGAGGCUAUCAUGAAGAAAGAGACGCAGAUUGUACAAGAUUACUCCGAGGAGUGUCAAAGAGAUCUGGAGUCAGUCAUUCCAGCACUGAAAAUGGCCGUGGCUUCAUUAGAGACACUGGAUAAGGCUUCGAUAUCCGAGAUCAGAGUGUACAUCAACCCCCCAUAUCUCGUAUCCACAGUCCUACAUGCUGUCUGUCUACUCUUCCAGAAAAAACCAGACUGGCCUACUGCUAAAAUGAUGUUGGGAGAUCCAAACUUUCUCAGGAAAUUGUUACAGUUUGAUAAAAAUAGCCUUCCUGAUAAGGUAUUUCACAAGUUAAAGAAGUAUACAAAACACCCAGACUUUAAUCCUGAAGCUGUAGGUAAAGUGUCACUUGCCUGUAUGUCUAUCUGUCAGUGGGUUCUAGCAUUAGAACAUUACAAUGAGGUUCAUAAGAUGGUUAAACCAAAGCAGAAAAGAGUACAGGAAGCAAAAGAAGCCUUGAAGUUGGCCCAGAAUAGUCUGGCCACAAAACCCAAAGCUAGUUCUGAAAUAAGAUUCAAGGACAUUUUAGACACAUUGACAGACAAGUAUCAGGAAAGUGUGGACCAAAGAGAAGCUCUGAUAAAACACCAGGAAACAACAACUCUUCGUCUGAAAAGAGCAGGUAUUCUGAUCGGAGCUCUCGCUGAUGAAAAGGUGAGAUGGGCGGAGUCUGUUAAUGAACUUGAUUUCAAGUUACAAGGUCUUGUUGGAGAUACACUAGUGGCUGCUGCAAGUGUGUGUUAUAUAGGACCAUUCACGGCCAAAUACCGCAAACAGCUCAUCAAUGAGUGGGUGGGGAAAUGUAAAGAUUCUAACAUACCUAUAACCAAAGAUUUUGACCUGAUAAAAAAUCCCAAUAAUUGUAAGUACAUUAUGAUUUUAUUUUUAUAAUAACAGAUUCUACUUUGGCAAAAUGAGGGGCUUCCAUUGGACACACACUCUACUGCUAAUGCAAUCAUGGUGAAGAAGGGUAACAAAUGGCCUCUUCUGAUUGACCCACAGGGUCAGGCUGCAGCAUGGAUUCAACUAAUGGAAGGCUCCAAAUUGAAAGUUGUCACGGCAACAGAUCCAAACUUUAUCAGGACACUAGAGUCAUCAAUCAGAGUUGGUGAAGCCAUGCUUCUGAAGGAUGUAUCAGAGACAUUAGACCCGGCACUACGUCCAGUUCUGAUGCAUGAAACAUUUAGACGAGGAGGUCUGCUUGUUAUAAAACUUGGAGAUACUGAAAUUGAAUACAAUCAAAACUUCAGGUUGUAUAUGACAACAUCAAUGUCUAACCCUCAUUAUCUACCAGCAGUAUAUAUACAGGCUAACAUUAUCAACUUUACCGUCACAUUUGAGGGGCUACAAGAACAACUUCUCUCUGCUGUUGUCAAACAGGAACGACCUCAGCUUGAGGCUCAGAGGUCAGAAUUAUUAGAGAGUAUCACCAAUGAUUUACAAUUCCUCCGUGAUCUUGAGGAUAAGUCAUUGGGACUUCUACAGAAAUCUGAAGGUCAUAUCUUGGAUGACCAAGAUUUGGUAGAGACUUUACAAAAGAGUAAAGGCAUGGCAGGAGAAAUUUAUGAAAGAGUUAAACAAUCUGAGGAAAUGGAGAAAAAACUUAACCUAGCCAGGAAAAGAUAUCUGCCGGUUGCCACUAGAGGUUCAACAUUAUAUUUUGUACUAGCUGACCUCUCUGGUAUAGAUGUGAUGUACCAGUUCUCGUUAGACUGGUUCCAAGACAUGUUUACGGCAGCCAUCAGUGGUAACAUGUCGAUCAAAGAUCAACAGAGAAGAAGGUCCUCUGUUACCGUGCCAUUGGUUGGAACACCACGUAGAACCAGUAUACAGCAUCCUGCUAGAAAAUCUUCAAUCGAGUCAGCUGAUGUCCCUGUCAGGAGACCUAGUGUUGACAGAAGAAUGCAAGACGAUAAUCGACGUCCAAGUGUACAGAGAAGGAAAUCUAUUGUAAUAGAGAAGGAACCAGCCAAACCUGAAAACCCACUAGAACUAAAGAAACAUAUGCUUCAGAUGAUUAAUAUGUUGACAUUCAGCAUAUACCGUGUAGUAUCCGUGGCGUUAUUCUCCCGUCACCAGCUUACAUUCAGUACCAUGUUAGCUACAAGUAUAAUGCGAGCCAAUGACAAGUAUGAUGAUAUAGCUAACGUUGGCACUAUCUCGGGAUUUGAGUGGAUGGUUUUCCUACAGGGAAAUGUCCUCGCCAAUAUGAUGGAUGAAAAACAGCUAGAAGAACAUGAUGGUCUAAGUCCAAUGGAAAGAUUAGAGUCUCAGGCACAGAGUGGAAACAAAGAUUCUGUGAAGCAUCGGAGUCCACCACGCUGGAUCUCUGAAUCUAUGUGGCGACAAUGUCAACAUUUAGAUGCUACAGUAGAGGCAUUUGACAAACUGUGCCGCAGUAUCAUGUCCAAUUAUAAACAGUGGAAAUUGUUUGAAACCUGUGAACAGCCAUAUGAUGUCAUGAAAACAGAAUUUGAUCCAGCAUCAUUUGUGUUAGAUGAUGAUGACAAGCACAAGGCAGACGACGAUCAUGGAAUAACUUUACAUUGGGAAGAGCUCUCUUUAUUCCAGCGUUUAAUAUUGAUAAAAAUUCUACGUCCUGAUGUCCUCACAGCCUCAUGUAAUCAGUUUGUUAAGGACAGUAUCGGAGUGAAAUAUCUCUCUGCUGGCUCGUUUGAUCUGAAAGAAAUCUAUGAGGAAUCUUCUGCUAAAACACCACUCAUAUUUAUCUUGUCACCAAGUUGUGACCCAGGUGCCCAGCUUCUUCGAUUUGCUAAAGAACUGCGUGGAAGCACUUUGCAUUUAGAUAUGAUCUCAUUAGGGCGUGGUCAAGGCCCCAAGGCUGAGGAACUUAUAGCAAAAGCUCAGAUAUUGAAGGGACGCUGGGUGUUUCUACAGAAUUGUCAUUUAGCUGCCUCCUGGAUGCCUAGGCUGCAGUCUCUUGUAGAAAAUUUUAACCGGCCAAAUAAUGAUGAUAUAGAUCCACAAUUCAGACUGUGGCUGAGUUCUAAACCAGAUCCGAGCUUCCCCAUCUCUAUACUUCAAACUGGAAUGAAGAUGACAGUAGAGCCUCCACAUGGCCUCAAGUCAAACAUGUUGAGAGCAUAUGGUAGUGGAGGUACCGGUGUAAUCAGUGAGAAAAUGUUUGAAGACAUGAGUAAAGGUCAUGCCUGGAAGAAGUUGUUGUUUGGUCUAUGUCUGUUUAACAGUGUUAUACAUGAGAGGAAGAAAUAUGGAGCUCUUGGAUGGAACAUUGCUUACGAGUUUAAUGACUCUGAUCUGGAGGUAUCUAUUUUACAACUAGAAAUGUUGUUAUCUGAACACAAGACUAUACCAUGGGAGGCCCUGUCAUACCUGAUAGGCGGAGUAACAUAUGGUGGGCGUGUCACAGAUGAAUGGGAUUACAGGUGUUUACAUGCUUUACUGGGCAGGUUUUUCUGUCCUGAAUCUCUGGAACCAGACUACAGUUACUCUCCAAAUAAGGUUGUAUUGAAGAUAUACCAGCCAGUAAAGGACUCUAUGGCAUUUAGCGAUGUGGUAACAUAUGUGGAGUCACUACCUAACUAUGACUCUCCAGAUAUAUUUGGUAUGACAGACAAUGCUGAGAAAGCUUGUAGAGAAAUACAAGCCAAGGAGUUGAUCAAUACCAUUGUUAGUGUACAGCCUAGACUCUCCAUGAAUGUUAUGGGUUCCGAGAAGAGUAGUGACGAUAUAGUUAGAGAUCUAGCCAAUGAGAUUAUCCGACAGUUACCGGAGACAGUCGAGGAGCUAGCAGAGGGAGAUGUCCGGGCUAGUAGUACUGGUUCCUCGAUGUUCCAGAUACAAGUCAAACAUAUACUUACCCGAGAACUACCUGACUUUAGAGAUAAAGAGAAAAAUAGAUUGUUGAAAGCUGCAGUGGAUGCUGUGAUGGGUAACUCUGCCCUUGUGACUGUGUUACGUCAGGAAAUUGACCGUUUUAACAAUCUUCUCACAGUCAUACAUGCUACAAUGAAAUCUCUCAUCUUGGCUAUCAAAGGGGAGGUAAUCAUGUCAGAACCUCUGGAAGAGGCUUACAAUGCCCUCCUGUCACAGGGAGUGCCUCAAAAAUGGAAGGUUGCAUCUUACGAGUCCAGAAAGCCUCUAGGGUCUUGGAUUCAGAACUUGUACAUGAGAGUGGAUUUCUUUGCCCAGUGGGCUGAGAUGAUGCUGAACACUGUUGAGAAACUUAUGAAACCAGUACUGGGGUCUAAGAACCCAACAACGGAGGUAGACCUACAGGAAGUGCCAAGGUGUCAGCCGUACAGUUACUGGUUAUCAGGAUUUUUCUUCCCACAAGGUUUUUUGACUGGAGUUCUUCAAAGUCAUGCAAGAAAACUUGGUAUCCCAGUUGAUUCCUUACAGUUUGAGUUUACAGUACAGAAAACCAAUGAUACACUAGAGUCACUAAGUGACUUAAAGGAGAAAAUUAAUAUCAAAGAUGUUGCAUUUAAGGGUAACAUGCCACCAGAAGAUGGAGUAGUGAUCUUUGGAUUAUUUAUUGAUGGUGCCAGAUGGGACUUGAACUCAGGUUGUCUCAAUGAUUCACUACCAGGACAGAGGUUCUCUAAGCUGCCACAGAUACAUUUCAAACCUGUACAGAAACAGGCAUCUAGAUCUACAACACAAUGUGAUUAUCAACAAACCAAUCAAGAAAGGGUAUCAGAAAGCAGUGAUAAACCUGCGUUUGUGUACGAGUGUCCGUUAUAUAGGACAUCAGAACGGGCAGGAACACUCUCAUCUACCGGACAUUCUACAAACUUUGUUACCGCUGUAAACCUACCAUCACAACAUGAUCCACACUUCUGGGUGAUGAGGGGCGUGGCUUUACUCUGUCAACCUGAUGAAUAAUUUCAUAUUCAAUAUUCCUACGUCAAAAACUUUAUUUUUAUAUUCUGCUGGAUUUACAAAAAUUCAUCGGUGCUUCAAAAAUUCAGUGAUGUUUUACAGUUAUCAUUAAAGGUAUGGAAUUGUCAUCUUUACUCCAACAGUAUAGCAAAUACAUGGACCUGAAUUGGCUAGAAUAGAGUUUGGAGUUUUACUUCACUGAUGACAUUAACAUUUUAUGUGUUUUUUGUUGGUUUGUUUUUAAGUGAAGAUGUGCCUGUAAAGUAUUAUCUCUGUAUAUAGUGUCUGGACAUCUUUCAGCCAGUAUUCCUGCACAAAGCUUUUGUUUUUAUAAAUUUCUUUUUGAAG